AAAUCAGCUUUAGUGUGACGCUAAACUGCACAUUAGUUCAUCGUUAAAUGUCACGUUAUAAUCGUAAAUGUUUUGCAGAUUAAUUUCAGAGUUCCUCUGGCGCACGAUGUGAUGACAACCAGAUGCGUUUGAUACUGGAUGAUGUAGGUUGUAUGCUAAUAAAUUAACACAGCCUUCCCGAAAACAUAGAGCAGUAUAUGAUGAAACAACAACACACACGAUGUGCUACUUCUAUUAAUUUAAAGUUUUAAUAUAGAAAAGCGUUUUCUAAAGGCGCUAUCUUUUCAAACCUAACAGAGGAGAAAUGCGGCAUUAAAGAGAUAUUGACUGCCUUGAUUGGCGUUACGGCUGACGGCCCACCUCCUUAGAGCGUGCAUGUGCGGGAUGGGGAGGGGCAUUGUCACUGUUCCAGCCUCUUUUUAUGUUAAUAGAUCUGUGGCUGUCCUGAGUGGAGGAGAUCAUUGUGUUGUGAUUGGUCAGAGGAAAUCCAUUUAUUGCAUGUCAGCUUCAUCACAUGGAUGGUUGUCUAUUAACUUGUUCAAAAAAGUCUUCGGAGUUGUCAAGGAGCUGUGUGUGUGUGUGUGUGGAGGAUCAAAAAAGUGAGGGGGUUGGUUCUUUAAGAGCUGCAAAAGAAGUUUAAAGCUCAGAGAAAGGGAAAGUCAGAGAGCUAAACCAAGAAAACGGAAAGAAUAUUGAAAACAUACAGUGUGCAGGUCUCCGUCAAGUUAACGGAGCUUCGUGAAUAGCUUGAAAAGUUGUACGUCCUCCUUGGACGGUUUAUUUUUCAUUGUAGUAAGUGGUUCGCAGAAAAGCAGGUUGAAUGUACAACAUGAUGGAAACCGAGCUAAAGCCCCCCGCCCCCCAGCCCACAUCGGGGGGAACGGGCAACUCCAAUUCUUCUGGUACUAACCCUAAGAACAGUCCUGAACGAGUCAAGAGACCUAUGAACGCAUUCAUGGUCUGGUCCAGGGGGCAACGCCGUAAAAUGGCCCAAGAGAACCCAAAGAUGCAUAAUUCGGAGAUCAGCAAGAGGCUCGGGGCCGAAUGGAAACUUUUGUCUGAGGCAGAGAAACGACCUUUUAUAGACGAGGCAAAGAGGCUGAGAGCAUUGCAUAUGAAGGAACAUCCGGAUUACAAAUACAGACCCAGACGGAAAACCAAAACACUUAUGAAAAAGGAUAAGUACACUUUACCAGGAGGACUUCUUGCCCCUGGUGCAAAUGCCAUGGCCCCUGGGGUAGGCGUCGGGGCAAGCCUGGGCGCUGGAGUGAAUCAGAGGAUGGACAGUUAUGCCCACAUGAAUGGCUGGACAAAUGGGGGCUACGGCAUGAUGCAGGAACAGCUAAGUUAUCCGCAGCACUUGAACGCUCACAACACAGCACCCAUGCAAUCCAUGCAUCGCUACGACGUAAGCGCCUUACAGUACAACUCUAUGACUAGUGCACAGACAUACAUGAACGGAUCGCCCACCUACAGCAUGUCCUACUCUCAGCAGACAACCCCAGCUAUGACUCUGGGUUCAAUGGGUUCAGUGGUCAAGUCAGAAUCGAGCUCUAGUCCCCCGGUAGUGACCUCUUCAUCACAUGCCAGGGCCCCGCCAUGUCAGCCCGGGGACCUUCGGGACAUGAUCAGCAUGUAUCUGCCAGGGUCUGAAGUGCCCGAACCCGCAGCCCCCAGCAGACUGCAUAUGACGCAACACUACCAGAGCGGCCCAGUCCCGGGAUCAGCCAUCAAUGGCACACUCCCGCUUUCGCACAUGUAAGACUGGCACGUACAAAACUUUAUUCUGUCAGACCUUAUAAAAUAAGCAAAUCAAAAUCAUCAGCAGAAUUAAGUGGACUUCAAUUUUAUUGGACUAUUUUUGUACAGAGAACAACUUUGGGGAGGGAGAGAUACAAGAAGAGUUUAGAACUCGGGGAAGGAACAUAUACAAAACUUUUUUAUUAAGUUCUAGUGGAAUGCUUGAACUUUGCAGGAAAAAAGUUUUGCUAUUGUCUUUACCAGUAAUCAUAGAGGUAGCCUUGAAAUCGGUAAAAAGUAAACAUUUUACUAUUACAAGCAACUUUUGUACAGUAUUUAUCAAUUGAACAUUGCAAUCAAAAUGUCCAUUGUUUGUAUACUCAGAAGUUGCCAAUUUUUUAUAUUAGUCUACGUUAUGUAGACAAUUAAGACAAAACGUUAAAAGUACAGUAGCUACAGCUUGAAAAUGACUGAAAAUGAUGAAUUUUUAAUUGUGGGUUGUACGAAAGCAAAUAGGCUCAGUACUUUUCAAGAAACUGCUCAACAAUUUCUUUAAAAAAGUGCAAGUACUUAGGUUGUACUAAAGUCUUUUCUUACUUAAGGCAAACGCAAAAAACGGCCACGCUGGUUCAUAUCUUUGUUAAUUUAUAGUAAUUUUGUUUCCAAACUUUCAUUCUAUUCAGAUAAGAACAUGAAGUUUAUUGUGUUUGAAUUAUUUUCUUAUUGUUUGUAAUAUUUCUGUAAAUUUAUUGUGAUGAUAUUUUAAGUUUUCCCUCAAUUUACGUAGCUGUAUUUUAAAAAAAAGAAAAGAUUCGGCUCUGUAUUUCUUGAUCAGCUUGCCGAUGCUCCAUGUAUAAGUAUAUAUAUUAUAUAUAUUUGGACUAAUAACAUCCUUAUAACAGUUACAUUUUUUUUUCAAUUUUAAGUUUUUACUCCAUUCUGCAGAGUAUGAGAUGAAUAAAUUCUUGAAAUUUGGACAUCCUA